AUGGACUCCCCCAUCACCUCUGUGGAGUCCUUCCGUUUCCUGGGCACCACCAUCACCCAGGACCUCAAGUGGGAGCCGACCAUCAGCUCCCUCAUCAAGAAGGCCCAGCAGAGGAUGUACUUCCUGCGGCAGCUCAGGAAAGCCAAGCUGCAGUUCUACACGGCCAUCAUCGAGUCCAUCCUCACCUCCUCCAUCACCUCCUCCAUCACCUCCUCAUCACCUCCUCCAUCACCUCCUCCAUCACCGUGUGGUUCGCUGGAGCCACAGUCAGGGACAAACGGAGACUACAGCGCAUUGUGCGCUCUGCAGAGGAAGUGA